CUAUGGCUCUGUCCAGUAGUAGCAAUUUGGAUAGAGAUAUAUGCCAAUUGGCAAUUGCCAAAGAAAAGAAAAGAAAAAUCUCUCUCUCGACCGGCCUGGCAUCAGCACACGUCCACACCUAACGGCGCCAAUUCUACCAUCCAUUCCAAUAAUCCAAGGUAACCGAAAGCAGCAGCGGAGGUCGCAAGAACACUUCCCUCCUCUCCGGAUCAAUCAUCGAUCAGCCAAGCCCCUACAAAAAAACCAUCGCCACAUGUUGGCUAAUCCCACGACGCACUGAUAUUUUUCUUCCUUGAUUGUCUUGCUGCUAUUUAUAAUCGAUCUCCAGCUUACAGCGACGUCCAGGUCCAGGUCUGAGCUCGAGGCACAGGACUCCCUUUAUAAUUUAUCCAUCCAUGGCUUCCUCCAAUUCCAACAGCAGCAGCAACCCGCUGGAAGCCAUGGGCGCCUUCUUCUCGAAGCAGGUGGACCGGCGGAAGCUGGUGACCACCGAGAAGCGGGCGCUGGCCACGCGGCUGUCCUCCUCCGGCGACACGUUCCCGGGGUCGGAGCACCGGCCGGCGGACCGGAAGCGGUGGAUGGCGGAGCUGGGCGCCGACAAGCUGCGCGUGCACCAGGUGGUGUGGCCCGGCACGCACGACUCGGCCACCAACAAGAUCGGCGUGCCGCUGGUGACCCGCCCCUUCGCGCAGUGCCAGUCCAUGUCCGUGUACGAGCAGCUGGCCAUGGGCACGCGCGUCGUCGACGUGCGCGUGCAGGAGGAGCGCCGGGUCUGCCACGGCAUCCUGGCGACGUACCCCGUGGACGUGGUGCUGGACGACGUGAGCCGGUUCCUGAGCGAGACCGAGUCCGAGCUGGUCAUCUUGGAGAUCCGCACCGAGUUCGGGCACGAGGACCCGCCGGGGUUCGACAGGUUCCUGGCCGACAAGCUGGGCGAGCACCUGAUCCCGCAGGACGAGGCGGUGUUCCACAGGACCGUCGCGGAGCUGCUCCCGCGGCGGGUCAUCUGCGUCUGGAAGCCCCGCAAGUCGCCGCCGCCCAGGCCCGGGGACCCGCUGUGGAGCGCCGGCUACCUCAAGGACAACUGGAUCGACACGGACCUGCCGGAGACCAAGUUCGAGAGCAACCUCAAGUUCCUGGGGCAGCAGCCGCCGGUGGCCGGCCGGAGGUUCUUCUACCGGGUGGAGAACACGGUGACGCCCAAGGCCGACAACCCGGUGCUGUGCGUGUGGCCCGUCACGAAGCGGAUCCACGGCUACGCGCGGCUCUUCAUCGCCGAGGCCUUCGCCAAGGGCCUCGGCGACAAGCUGCAGGUCUUCUCCACCGACUUCAUCGACGGCGACUUCGUCGACGCCUGCGCCGGAGUCACCAAGGCGCGCGUCGAUGGCACCGCGUGACGUGACGGCUUCGAUCGACGAGCCCGUACGUACGUACGUGUGCCAGUGUUGCGGCCGUACUGCCAUUGCAGUGUAUGUACUGUGUAGUGUACACUCCAGUCGUGCAGUAUAUUUGCAUACAGGAACAGGUAAAUGCGAUGUGUAUAUACGUAUUCAUUCAUGUGUAACGUGUGCGUCCCGUACGUGUAUGCAGUGCACUGUGUCUAGUGAUGAAUUGCUCGUGGGACGAGCAAAGGAAUAAACAUAUGCAGUUACGG